GGAAGACUUCCUGUUCUUUCGUUCCUCAAAAUUGAUUCAAUUUCAUCUGUUACUUUUGAUUUUAAUUCUUGUUUUCGGUUAGUUCAUUAUAAUCUUUUUCCAUAACAGACACGUACCUCGAGACUGGGCAUCAACUUCUUUUAAAUACGUAAAGUUACUGCAUACUGACUCUGGAAUGGAAACAAUGGCUAAAAUUAGUAAUCCAAUAGUUCCAAUAUUUAUUUCUUACCAUCUGUAAAAUCAUUUAGAGCGGCAAAAACCUCAAUGCCAGUCGUCCCCAUGUUGUAGACAGUAUGCAAGUUCACGCAGACGAAAACACGCACAUAUAAUGAUAGAAGGCUAUCCUCGAUUGUUCAAUUCUAUUAAAAAAAUUGUUGGAAUAGACUAAUGAAGUUUCUAAAAUAAUAUAAAUUCUUUAUUUCCUAUUAUUUUGGUUUAUAUAAGGAUGAAGCUUGUAUCAGACUUUUCUCGUACAAACCUUUCCAUAAUUUCUAAAGAUAGGCUAAAUUAUAUAGCUUUUCCGUAAUUAUCGUUUUACUCCAUUGGAAUGAUCCCUUAGAUUUUCUGACAUCGCUUCGAAUUCGCAUGUUGAUGGGAUUCAUGUUUGAGGAAUCGAUUCUCUUUUCUAUGAACUAUGAAUAAUGAAUUCGUUACACUCGUUCCUAGCUCACAGGAAUUGAAACGAACAGAGCUCAAAUAUGGCAUCCUGCUCAAGAUAUUGUCUCUUCAAAUUGGUCAUGUCGAUCGCUAAGAGCCUGCUCGACUAGUGCCUGUGAACGACUAUCCAUAGGUUUCUAAGAAGCCUUCUCUUUUUCGAAGUUUCAGAUAGCACUCAUUUGAUGCUUUUAGCCUUCUUUCGCCUGUUUCCUUGGUUCGACAUAGAGAUUGCAUGAAAAGAGAUCAUGUUCGAUCCUUUAUCUUUCUUGGAGCCAUAAGUACAACUUGAUUCAUUUAAAGAUUGAGUCAGUUAGCUACUGUCUUUCAGAUUUCCUUUUUAGUAUUGCUUCAAACAUGUGAAGCAUGGGAACUAGGAUAUGCUACUAUUUUCAAGAUGCUCCGAUGAAACGAUUUUUUCUAAAUAAACAAUUAAUAUGUUUCUAUAUAAUUCUUAAGACUGGUAUUGUUUUCUUCAGCUUCAACUUUAGCGAACUAGAAUUGGUGAAUCUGUGCAUAGUUCCUAUACCAGCCCACUCUUACAAAUGUGACAGAUGUAAAUGUGUUGAUCAACGUUGAUUUUUACUUAUUCCUUUGUCUGCACUUUUAAUGUUUAGGUGAAUGAACACAUUGUUGUUGAGUUAUAGGAUCGCUCUUUUUGUUUUGUGAAUUUGGAACAAAGCUCUAUAGUUAGAUUGAUAGAGCAGUUAGACAAUGAAUACCCUACGCUCAUUUCGAAGAUUUCUAGGCUCUAGUUCUGAAGGCUCUGAUAGAAAUUCAAAUAGCACAUUAACGCUUGAGCGAGAAUCAGAGUCGUUAUCACAAAUGUCUUUAACGACCUCUGAAGAAUCAAGCCCUCAAUGCUUUGAAGAUCUAAUUAAAGCCCAAGUACUUUCUACUGAAGCAUCCAGAAGCCUGCUAUCAUUGAACGAUAACUUAAAACUAGAAAUUCUGAAUAGUUUGAAUCAAUCAAACAAAAAAAAACGAAGCCGGAUAUUGUCAUGGAAAAAGAAAAAACCGUCCUACAGCGAACCAAUUGACUUUAUUUCCUAUAUCGUGAAUACCAGAAUUGAAUCUAUGGAUGAGACUAUAAUACACAAACUGGCCCUUUUACUUCGUAAAGAGCAGAUUCUGUGGGUCGCAUGUUUCAUCCACGAUGGGGGAUUCGGUGUAAUUUUUUGUACCGUUGAAAAAAUUUCAAGAAUUGAAUGGAGAGAAAGCUUACAUGAUGCUCUCUUGGAUCAAUUUCUUCUCUGUCUUAAGGCCAUGUGUACAGUUCAGUUGGGGUUAGAGUGCUUGUUACGAUCUUCCUACCGCGUUCAAGAACUCGUGCAACUAUUGUUCUCAAAAAAGCAGCCCUCUGACUUUGCUACUCGAGAAGUUAUCAUCCAAAUAAUUAUCCUAUACCUCAAAGCUCAUUCCAAUAAAGAGGUUGGCGCUAAAAAGGUAUUUUCAUUUCUUGAGGAUUCUGAAGAAGAACUUGAGGAAGUUGAUUUUAUGAAGGAGGCUCGAGUAAAACGACCAUAUCGAAGAUGGAUAAUCGAACUAGAAUACGUUGCAAAGAACGUAUUUUGGGUUUGGAAUCAUGAUAAGAAUAUCGUUGAAUUGGAACCUAAUCUAGACGAACUUUAUGAUCCUCCGCUAGGAUUUAUUGAAGGCAUUGAAACGGAAGCAACUAGUUAUGUUGCCUCCCAUAUACAACUAGCUAAUGAAUUAUUAGCUUCAUUGAACAAAAGGGAUCGAAUGCGUAAGCGACUUGAAUUACAAUUCAGUGGAUUAGAGAGAAUUAUGGCAUUGAGAUUCCGAAAAAGCAGUCAAAAAUUUCAUAAAAAACUUCAUGAUUCUUUACGUGAGUGGGUUAAAGCGGCCCGGGCUGAUAAAUGGCCGUUUAAAUUCGUCCAAAUGGGUUCUACCUAAGACAGUCUAAUUUUUUUAUUUAUUAAGCUGUAAUGAUUCUAUGCAUAUAUAUUUGAAGGUUGCACAUUAAUGCAUUCUGUACAUUUUCUUUUUUCUUUGUUUUCUCCUAAAAAAAUCCUUCCUCUUUUAAAGCCCGGUUAAGCCAAGCGACAUUACUUUAAUUUUACUGAAAGUCUCAAGUAUGUGCAAUGACAAAUGUAAAUCCAGAAAAAUCUAUAGAUUCUUCAUU